AUGUCGAAAUUUGAAGAUAAUCCAUUUAGUGAUCCAACCAUAGACAACCCAUUUGCAGAUCCCGCGGUACAGCAAGUGGCCAGGAGUACAAACAAUGCAACACAGGGACUCGAUGACUAUAAUCCUUUUGACGGACAACAAAAUGCAAAUCAAACUGCGCAAGAAGCACCUCAGCCACCAUCUCAACCAGCCAUCAUGCAAGCUGUAUCACCUCCAGUCAGUGGACAGUACACACGGCCUCCGCAAAUCCAGCAACCCAAUCAACCGCCACAAAAUUUCACAACUGCUGACUUUCAGAGGAGACAAGAGGAGUUAGAGCGCAAAGCAGAGGAAUUGGCCCGAAGGGAGGCAGAACUCCGCGCUGGCUCAGCGGGCAGGCGGAACAAUUGGCCGCCUUUGCCUUCAUUCUGCCCCAUACAACCUUGCUUCUAUCAAGAUAUCAAUGUUGACAUACCACUGGAAUUCCAGAGAAUUGUUCGACAUCUCUACCACUUGUGGAUGUUCCACGCUCUUGUCCUAACCCUAAAUAUUAUUGGAGCAAUGUCUCUGAUGUUCGUCGGGCAAGGCUUCACGGUAUUCGGACUUUCUAUACUAUACUUUAUUCUGCUGACACCGUUUAGCUUCGUUUGCUGGUACAGGCCAAUCUACAAGGCCUUCAGGAGCGACUCUUCGUUCAAUUUCAUGGUGUUCUUCUUCAUUUUCCUGUUUCAAACUAUUAUAACACUAGUGCAGUCUAUUGGAUUCAGCGGUGGAGGUUCUUGCGGACUCAUCACCAGCAUCACGGCAUUCAGUAUUAACAUUGGAGUAGGCCUUAUCACAUUGCUGGUGACUAUAGGAUUCAUCAUGUGCGUCGUAGCCGAUAUCCUUUUAAUGGCGAAGGUGCACCGCAUCUACCGGUCGACGGGCGCGUCGAUGGCGAAGGCGCAGGCGGAGUUCACGACGGAGAUCCUGCGCAACCAGCACGUGCAGACCGCCGCGUCCAGCGCCGCCGCCGCCGCCGUCAACCAACAGAUCGCCAACGCCAACCGCUACUAA